GUAAGGGAUGGUAAAAUACAGCUAGCAGCAAAAGCUAAGAGAGAGAGAGAAGAAGAAGUGUUUCUCUCACACCUAACUCUUUAUAAUAAUAAGGGGAAGCUAUUGCUCUCCAUUACUAACCCAUUUUCCCAAUCAAUCACUCUUCACUUCUCCCCACUCCUACUCCUUUUUCUCCUUUCUAAGCAAUCUCCCUCCCUCUCCUUAUAUUCUCAAAUUUGAUUCUCUCUCUCUCAUACCUGCACACCACUACCAACAGAGCUAAAUUGCUAAACUGCAAAAAAAGAAGAUGUUUGGACAAAGCUUCCCGGAGGAUAUUGAUUGUGGCAACUUCUUUGACAACAUGGACGACAUUCUUGACUUUCCCGGUUGUGAUAUGGAUGUCGGUUUCAACAUCGGUGACUCCGACCCUUUCCCUAACAUCUGGACCAAUCAUCAGGACACAUGGCCCGCCGCUUCUGACCCUCUCUUCUCUUCCAACACAAACUCUGACUCAUCACCUGAGCUCUAUGUUCCGUUUGAAGAUAUUGUUAAGGUGGAAAGGCCAGCAAGCUUUGUAGAGGAGUCUUUGGUCGCGAAGAAGGAAGAUUCGUUUUCCACAAACACGGACUCAUCUUCUUCUCACAGCCAGUUCAGGAGCUCAAGUCCAGUGUCGGUACUCGAAAGCAGCUCCUCAUCGUCUCAAACCACCAACGCAACCUCACUUGUCCUCUCUGGAAAGCACGGUCGUCCACGCACAAAACGCCCUCGCCCACCGGUUCAGGAGAUGGACAGAGUCAAUGUUUGCGGGGCGGAUUCGCGUCUCAUCGUUAGAAUACCAAAGCAGUUUCUCUCUGACCACAGCAAGAUGAUCACCAAGAAGAAGAAGAAGAAGGCCAAGGUUACUUCUUCCUAUUCUUCGUCGGGGAUUGAUCUUGAAACCAACGGAAGCAACAACAACAACAACGUUGAUUCAUAUGAUUCAGAGCAGCAUCCGGUUAGGAAAUGUAUGCACUGUGAGGUCACCAAGACUCCACAGUGGAGGCUUGGGCCUAUGGGUCCAAAGACGCUUUGCAACGCGUGUGGCGUGCGUUACAAGUCUGGAAGGCUUUUCCCGGAGUACCGUCCAGCUAAUAGUCCAACAUUCACUCCAGCUCUUCACUCGAACUCACACAAGAAGGUGGCUGAAAUGAGAAGCAAGAGAUGCAGCGGUGGAAGCUACACAAACGAAGAGAGUAAUCUGCAAGAUUUGAUUCCGAACAAUGCCUACAUUGGUGUGGAUUAAGAUCGAGAAAAGAUGGUUCAGUUUCCAAGCGUUGAAGUGAUUAGAGUUGCGAGGAGUAGGAAAGAGUCAGUGAGCAGAAAAGUUUUAGCUUUAGAAGAGAUGAAUGAAGAGGAGAGGAUCAAGAGUUAGAUGGAAAAUGAUUGUGUUUGUAUUUUGUAUUUGUAGUGUGUAUGUGCAAAACUCUUGAACACAAAAGAAGAGCAGAAGAUUUUGAAGACACUAGAGAACGUUAGGUUUUACAUUAAAUCUUCCUCUCCUUUUCUUCUUUCAAUUCUUUGUAUUUUUACUGUGAGGAUUCUUUUUGUAGUUGAUUUGUUUAUUUUUUUGUUUUUGUUAAAAUUUUAUUUUAUUCAUUAGCUGCACCUGCACCUCCGAUACAUUGCUA